CUGCUCAGUGUAUGUGUUCGGCAGUGCAACGGGGCAACAGUAAGAACGUUUCGUGCAGAGAUCUCCCAAUUUUCCAAGUUGUAGGUAUUUUGUCCCUACGGAGUUGCUUAGUGGUCCCGAAGAAGGACGUGUUGGAAAACACAGGUCUCUGGAAGAAUAUUCUGGCAGAGUGCGGGUUAUCAGAUGUUCUCAAAAAGUGAGUUAUCUCAACCGCCAUCUCAGUCUGAGCAGUUACCUCGCACUGUGUAUAGGCUAUAAAGAAAGCGCGAGGGAUGCGUGACGCUGAAACAGAGGAAGAUAUUCUCGACAGCAAGGCUAAUUGGUGUGAUUCAUGUCCCCUUUGAGUGUCGGUAACGACUUCAUACCGAAAGAGAGGGAGCGAUUAUCAGAGAGAACAGCACACCCGUCCACAGGAGUCAAAUAUUUUGGCGUCGGGUUUAAGGAAUGAUACCCAAUUUGAAAUGGACAAUUUCUGAAGACAAGGAACAUACGCCUUUCAAAGUUUUGCAGCGGUCUUUUUCUGAGGACACCGUUAUAAAGCUUGAAGCGAUUUAAUAAUGGGAUGGCAGGUGGGAGAAUGAUGUUCCGGGAAAUUUUGGCAAAAUCCUCACCUUUAUCUAUGGUUGUGCUGACCGAGCACUCCGGACACUGAUCGGUCAUUUGUUCAAUAGUGGGAGAAAUUUCCUCCGAUCUCGUCCCCUAGCCAAAGAUAUGUUGCACAGCAAUUCCACAAAGAUUGACGUGCGUAUUGGGGUGCUGUUCAAUCGCAUUGUUGGGCUAAGUCAGCUUCUUUUAACUAUUGGGUCAUCAACUUUUUUUCCUCCGAACUCAUCACAUUAAGAUUAACACGCGCAUCUUAAAGGGGCUCCAGUGGUCAUUUCUGAACUUAACAGUUACUAAGACUGGACUGUGCUCCUUGAUUUGAAGAAAUCCCCCAAAAUACGCCGGCUGCAGGGAGGACGAGGCCAUGAUUGACAGCGGACGAGGCUGAGAGCACCUGUCACUCAUCCCUCCGUCAGCGUGUCAGAACGCCCGUCUCCGUCAGGGGUCAGCUCCUGCCCCCCCCUCCUCCUCCGUCCUCCAUCCUCUCCUCCUAUUAUCUGCUCUUCGGGCCAGUGACAACCACCCCCCACCCCCCCCCCCUCCACCCCCCGACCCGGUCCGGCAGCGACCCGCCCACAAGGUAACCGCCCGGGCGACCCCGAGAUCCAAAACAACAAACGCCCCGCUCUCCGCCGCCCGCAAGCCGCUAACAGGAAGCCGGCAUGCUCCCAUCGUUCCCUGGCACCCCUCUCGGCGAAGCUUGGAUUACAUCCUAAAAAACCUGCUCCGCGUCUCUGUGCGUGUGCGGCGUGUUUUUCCCCCGCGGACCUUUCCGCAGAAGAGCCCGCCCUUUUCGCCCCCCCCCCCCCCCCCGGCGCGAGCGCCCCGCUCGCCGACAGGAAGCGGAGAUGCGCUUCUUCCCCCUGGCGCUGGCGCUGCAGGCGGCGUGGGCCAGCCUCUGCCAGGCGGCCAUGCAGCACUACCCGGCGGCGUGGGGCCACUACGACGUGUGUAAGUCGCAGGUGUACACGGACGAAGGCCUCACCUGGGACUACAUGGCCUGCCAGCCGGAGGCGGCCGACAUGACCAAGUACUUGAAAGUGAGCGUGGACCCCCCCAACGUCACCUGCGGGGACCCCCCGGAGACCUACUGCGCCCUGGAGAACCCGUACAUGUGCAACAACGAAUGCGACGCCGCCACAGAGGAGCUGGCCCACCCCCCCAGGCUCAUGUUCGACUUCGAGGGCCGCAACCCCACCACCUUCUGGCAGUCCACCUCCUGGAAGAAGUACCCCAAGGCCCUGCUCGUCAACAUCACCCUGUCCUGGAACAAAACCAUUGAGCUGACGGACGACAUCGUGGUCACCUUCGAGUCCGGUCGCCCGGAGCAGAUGGUCCUGGAGAAGUCUCUGGACUACGGCCGAAGCUGGCAGCCCUACCAGUUCUACGCCACCGACUGCCUGGACGCCUUCACCAUGGAGCCCAAGACGGUGCAGGAUCUGACCCAGCACACCCUGCUGGACAUCAUCUGCACGGAGGACUACUCGCGGGGCUACGUGUGGAAGUACGACAAGACGGUGCGCUUCGAGAUCAAGGACCGCUUCGCCCUGUUCGCCGGGCCCCGGCUGCACAACAUGGCGUCGCUGUACGGCCAGCUGGACACCACCAAGAACCUGCGCGACUUCUUCACCGUCACCGACCUCAGGGUGCGUCUGCUGCGCCCGGCCACGGGGGCCACCAUAGUGGACGAGAACAACCUGUCCCGCUACUUCUACGCCAUCUCCGACAUCAAGGUCCAGGGAAGGUGCAAGUGCAACCUCCACGCCAACAGCUGUAAGUUUGACGAGGAGAAGCUGGGAUGCGAGUGCGAGCACAACACCACGGGGCCGGACUGCGGACGCUGCAAGAGGAACUACCAGGGCAGGGCCUGGAGCGCCGGCUCCUACCUGCCCAUCCCCAAGGGCACGGCAAAUAUCUGUAUCCCCAAUAACAUUGGUCCAGUUAACUGCGAAUGCUUUGGCCACUCCAACCGCUGCAUCUACAUCGACUCGAUAAACACCGUCAUUUGCGUGAGCUGUAAGCACAACACUAGGGGGCAGCACUGCCAGCUGUGCAAGCUGGGCUACUACCGAAAUGCCUCCGCAGAGCCGAACGAUGUGAAUGGGUGCAUAGCCCGCGUGUGCGACAACGAGCUCCUGCGUUGUCAGAACGGCGGUGUGUGCCACAACAACCUCCGCUGCCACUGCACCCCCGACUUCACGGGUCUCCUGUGUGAGAAACGGCGCUGCGAGAACGAGCUAGGGGGCUGCGGCGGCCUGGACUCAGGCCAAGCCGCCCUCUCGCCUCCAUCGCUACCCGGGCUUCUGCUGCUCCUGCUGGGCAUGGCCCUGAGAGAGGCUCCCUGGGCUGGCAUGCUCUGAGAUCCACAGGCCCGUAGCUGGAACUGGUGACACCUACACACCCAAUAAUCAACUACUGUACAAAGACUGAGAGAAAACACCACAAGCUUACUCUACCGUAGGUCCUGCCCACCAGACCCAACAGACACUCGCUGACAAGAAGGGAAUGUGCCAGAAUUAAAGCAAAACUUUAAUUUGGCGUAAAAAAAAAUAUAAAAAUAAAAGAAUAUAUAGACAUGAGAUAAAUGAAUAAUGAAAAAUACCAGAUAUUUAAAGAGUUUAAACUGAGAAUUUGCUUUAACUAAAAAGUCUACAAGUCCACAGAGACCAGUUACUUGAUGAGCCAUGACGCCAGAGACUUUCCCUCCCGUUGAAAAAAAAAUAAAGGAGGAUGACUGGAAAUGACGGCUCGCUCGCUCACUUCCUCUCUAUCGCCACGGCAACGGCCGCUGCGACCAAUCAGCGGUGAUCUCAAGCGAAGCCUGCUGCGGCUGCCCCUCCCCCUAGAGGUGCUUCUGAGAUCGACACUGGCUGGAGCGCUUCCGGGCUGAACUGAUACAGAUGCCUCGUGAUCUGUUCUGCUUCGUGGAGCCUUUCAAGCAAGUCAAUGAAGUAAAAAAAAAAAAAGAAAAGAAGAAAAAAAAAAA